AGAUAAGCCCUCUGACAAAAUCUGUCUGGGGACAUGAGGCGAGUCGUCCUGUCACUCCUAUGUAGCUUGACCAUCUGGACAUCAGCCCGAUCCUCUCCUCCCCUAUGACUGCAGGGCCAUGGGUAGUGUCAGCAGCGUCAUUAAUAGUAACGGCCACAACGGUAAACACUGCAAGGCGUCCGAGAACAAGGUAAAGGAGGGAACAAGCCACCAUAGAAAGACCGGAGGUUGCAGCCUUGAUGGACUACUAAAAUGUGGCUUUGCUCAGGGUUCCUCAUCCUCCACUCACCAUUCUAAAGGCCUCUCCCACUCCAGGUCAGGAAGAAGUGAAGAUUUCUUUUAUAUCAAGGUGAACCAUAAAGCAAGGUCUGCGUACCAAAGAGAAAGAUUAAUGGAGGAACGGGUCGGCAGAGAUGGUGAAAGUAAUGUGAGACAGCAACCAAAACUGCUGCUCGUGCCAGGAAAGAUGGGGGAGAAGACCUCUGCUGAGAAGUCACUGGUCCAUUCCACUGCCUUCAAAUCAGUGAAUACAAGGACUUCCUCUACAGAGACAGGCCAUCACAGCCUGGACCACAUCCUUUAUCCUCUGAGGAAAACAACCAGUUCAAAUGCUGGACACAAGCAGGACAUCUUAGGGACUCUCUCCGACUCUGGACGUAACUCCAUGUCAAGCCUGCCCACCCACAGCACCAGUGGUAGUUUAAGUGCCUCCACAGGUCCUGCCAGUCACAACGAUGGCCGGCCAGGUUUUGCAAACAGCCUCGGCAAAGGACAACCCAGUCUCCUUCCGUGGGCCAACAGAAAUGACACAAAACCUGACAGCCACCAUGUCGGUUUAAACCGUGGCGGGUUGGCUUUUAAGGCUAAUGAGGAUGCAGGCUCCCCUCAGUCAACAGAUGAGCCAAGCACUCUCUCUGAAACUGCAGGUGGGAUCCGCUCCCCCAUAACUACAGAUGAGUCACUGAUUGAGCAUUUGGAAAAGAGGCUUCUGGAGAGAGAAACUGAACUGCAGGAGCUACAGGUUACUUUUGAGAAGCAAGAAGGAGAAACUUGCCAGCUGUUUGAGGAAAGACAAAGGUACUGCGCUGAGGAAAUGGAGGGGCUGAAGAAUCAGUGCUCCACAAAGCUACAAAAGGUUUCGCAAAUGGCUGCAAAAACAAAUAAGACACUACAGCUACAAGUCAAUCAGCUCCAGGAGGAGAAUGAGAGGCUUCGGGAAGACGUUACCAAGCUGAGUCAAGAGAAGGACCUUGUUGACCUCAGACUGAGAUCUUAUAGCAAAGAAAGCACCCAGCUUGCGCCAACACUGGAGGAGGCUCAGUGGGAGGUGUGUCACAAGACAGGAGAGAUCUCCUUGUUGAAGCAACAACUGCGAGACUGCCAAGCGGAUGUAAGCCACAGGCUUAAUGAGAUUGUCAGCCUCAGAGGAUCUAUUAAGGAAAACGCUGCAAAAAUGGAGAUCCUUGAGGCACAGAAUAAAGACUAUAAGGAAAAACUCCACUCCUGCACCAGAGAGGUCGAGGUGUGCAAAAAUGAACUUCAGCGCAAAAUGAAUGAGGCCGAAUACCUGAGAGAGAAAGUCAGCAAAUUGGAGAGAGACACUGUGGGAAUGACACAGGAUUUGUCUGCGGCCAAAGACCAAAGGCUGCAACACAGUGUGGAAUUUGAUGGCUAUUCCCAAACUCAAGACAUGGAGCAACAGAAUACAGAUUUAGAUUCCUCUGACCAGGGCCAGGAGGUGGAGAACAGGGGAGACACAACCACUGGAUCCCUCCAAAGUGAAGUGGAAAAACUAAAGCAGCAGCUGAGAGAGGAGAAAAAUGCUCAAGAGAGGCUGACCAGCAGCUUUGAGCAAGAGAGACAGACAUGGAACAAGGAGAAGGACAGGGUCAUCAAAUACCAGAAGCAGCUCCAGAUCAACUACCUGCAGAUGCACAAGAAGAACCAGGACCUGGAGAGCAUCUUGAAGGAUCUGACUGCUGAGCUGGAGAGUCGGGCUGAGCUGGGCCUGGAUUUGGGAUACAGCUCGGGGUUACAAACCUAUGAUGAUGUCAUUGCCACUGAGAUCUAAAGGGAGUACUCACAUGCAUGCUUUCUUUACUCCUGUCUUUUUUCACAGAUUUCCCCCUGUAGCAUGCAACAAGACAACAAUAACUGUCACUUUGUAUCUUUCUUGAAUUAUUUAUUAGACU